AUGGAGGCCAACUUCUAUUGGCCGCCCUUCUCCGACCUCAAGGAGGGAUCCGUGGGUCUCACCUACGAUUGGUCGCCCUCAUUCGAUGCGCAUGAGGGAUCCAUGCAGACGCCCUGUUCGGCCUCCGCCAGCGUAUCCGGCACUCAGCCAACUUCCGCUUCCAGCGAGCUGCAGCAAGGCAGUUACGCUGGAGCCGUAUUGGGAAAAAACAGGGAUGAUAAACACUUUAGCACUCCUCAGCCAUUUGAUCAAGCCAUUCAGGCCGCCUUAGCCAACCUCGAGAACGAAGCCAGCUUGCUCAACCAGCAUAUAUGCUUCGUACCAGGCUGUAAGAAGAACCAGUUCACUCGUGAAGCCGAUCUGCAGCGCCAUAUCAAGACUGUGCAUGUCCGUGACGAAGCUUUCUACUGCGAAGUCGAGGGAUGUCCUCGCCAUGAACAUGCUCCCGGCGGCCAGCGGUCCUUUCCGCGCAAGGACAAGAUGAAGGAGCACAUGCGGACGGUGCAUAGAAACUUAGGGUACUGA